GGUAUUUUGCUAUAGGCUGUUAAGGAUCUCAAGUGACAAACUCCAACAAGAAUCUUACUUUGUUAGUAACAAUGUCUUCACCGCCGUGGUCUCUGCCUUCGGCUGCCGUUCCUGUCACCACACCACCACCACCACCACUUCCACCGUCACAGCCACCGGCAUUGCCUCCACCAUCGCCACAGUCACCACCUUUUGUAUCCCCGCUAUUUCCACCUACUAGUCUUCCUGCCCUGCCUCCUGUACACAACUCUAUCCCUCCUGUUUCCUCACCAUUGCCAUCUGUGGUCCAACCUCCACCCCCACCAGUCACCUCUCCACCACCGCCGUCUGUCACUUCUCCUCCUCCACCUUCACUAACCUUUCCGCCACCACCUUCACUACCGCCACCAACUCCAUUGCCAUCAAGACCUUCUCCACCUCCACCUCCACCUCCACAGCCUACAUUAUCACCACCACCAUUACCAACACCAAAAACACCAUAUCUUUCUCCUCCAAUCAAACCACUAACUUCUCCUCCGCUGCCACCACCCUCAACAACUCCAACCAACGACUCUCCACCACCUACAUUGUCAACUCCCCUACCUCCGGUGACCACCACUACUCCUCCACCUCCUUUAGCCACUCCAAGCAACAGCGCUCCACCACCUGAUUUAGCAACUCUGCUUCCACCAGUGGCCACCAGUCCUAAACCACCACCCACUUUGGCCAGAACUCUGCCACCUUCGCCUAGUAAUGCUGUAACACCUUUGCCUAGUAAUGCUGUAACACCUUUGCCUACAACAACAUUGACACCACCUCCAUUGAUCCAUUCACCAUCACCGUCCUUAUUGCCGGCCACCUUGCAAGUUCAGAAGCCACAGCCAAAAGCAGCAGCAGGCCUCGUAGCUGGAUGUGUCAUUGUUGGAGUUGUUGUAGUUUUCCUCCUCCUCGGAAUUGUACUUAUUUGCUACAAGCGUAGGAGUAGAAAGAACAACGCUAUUCCGGAAGAUUACUAUAAACCACCCUCCUUGGGACCAAAAGAUGGCUGUUAUGAUGCGGUUCAGCCCCAUCACAAUGUUCCUCAACCUGGCGUCCAUGUUAUCAGGGUGCUGUCCAGCACAUCAACAUCUCCAAUGUGCCGUGCCGCUGGCUCUGAGGUUUUAUAUGCACAUCAACGUCAAUGGCUUGGUUUUCCCAUGGACAUCUCAAAUGGAACAUUCACCUAUGAUCAAUUGUUGGUAGCAACAAAUGGGUUUUCAGAGGCCAACCUUCUUGGACAAGGCGGUUUUGGGUAUGUCCACAAGGGAGUACUUCCAGGUGGGAAGGAAGUUGCAGUGAAGCAGUUAAAGACAGGAAGCCGGCAAGGGGAGCGAGAGUUUCAUGCUGAGGUUGACAUCAUUAGCCGGGUGCAUCACAAGCAUCUAGUUUCAUUGGUAGGGCACUGUAUCAAGGGGGCUGAGAGGUUGCUUGUAUAUGAGUUUGUUCCAAAUAACACCUUAGAAUUCCACUUGCAUGGAUUAGGACAGACUGUUUUGGAGUGGGAAAUAAGAUUGAAAAUAGCUACUGGCUCUGCAAAAGGACUAGCAUAUCUCCAUGAAGAUUGCAAUCCAAAAAUCAUUCAUCGUGAUAUCAAGGCAUCUAAUAUUCUUGUGGAUCAGAAGUUUGAAGCAAAGGUUUCUGACUUUGGACUGGCCAAAUCGUUCUCUGGUACCAACACUCACAUUACUCACCUUUCCACUCGAGUAGUGGGAACAUUUGGGUACCUUGCUCCAGAGUACGCAUCAAGCGGUAAGGUCACAGAGAAAUCAGAUGUGUAUUCAUACGGGGUUGUACUCCUAGAACUUAUAACCGGACGUCCGCCUAUCAGUACAAUAGAUUCCUUGAGGAAUGAGGGUCUGGUUCAGUGGGCAAGGCCAUUGCUCACUCAAGCCCUGGAAGAUGGUGCUUUUGAUGCUCUUGUGGAUCCACGAUUGGAGACAAAUUACAAGAAGAAUGAGAUGGCUAGAAUGGUCGCUUGUGCUGCUGCGUGUGUUCGACAUUCAGCAUGGCUUCGACCAAGAAUGAGCCAGAUAGUCCAUGCUUUAGAAGGAGUUGCUUCGUUGAUGGAUCUUCAGGAAGGAGUUACACCAGGAAACAGUGCGGUAUACAAUUGCUUGGGGAAUUCACAUUAUAACUCCCGGCAAUGUGAGGAAGAUUUGAAGAAUUCCACGGUAACAAUGCCAAGUCAAGAGUAUGGCAUUAGUAGAUACACUGCAACUACCAGUGAGUAUGGUCUUAAUCCCUCAGGCUCAAGCAGCGAAACCCGGCAAACAAUCUGAAGUUAAGAUAACAAAGUUACACUAGUCUUUUUGGUAAAUAAUUUAACAGUAGGCUUUUCUCUUUCUUUCCAUUUUUGGUUCGCUACAGUAGCUGUGAUUUGCUCAUAUCUGUGGAGAGUUGUAACAUUUAUGAUACAAAAGAAAUGAGACAAUGAAGGAUUUGAAUUCAUUUCACUGGAGAUACCGGAGCCCAGCUCCCCUGGUUCAGCAAUCAGGGAACAAGGAGUACAGAUCAAAGAUUCAGAUUUCAUGUCCUACA